AACGCUGUGGUCAGUGGUGACCGGCGCUGUUACCCCAGUCCGGGCGAGCCGCUUCUCUGGUGUUGCUGCUUUUGUCGCCGCCGCCUCUUGCUUUGCGGGAUCAUGGUGUACCGAGGCCUCGGCUUCUUCCCGGUUCCGGGCUUGGGGCUCGUUCUGCUUUGCGUCGUCCUGGGAGCUAUCCGGUCUUAUGCAUUGGAACUUAACUUGACGGAUUCAGAAAAAGCUACCUGCCUUUAUGCAAAAUGGCAGAUGAAUUUCAAAAUACGCUAUGAAACUACAAGCAAUUAUUAUAAAACCGUAACCAUUGCAGACAAUGGCACCGCAGCAUAUAACGGAAGCAUUUGUGGUGAUGACCACAGUGGUCCCAAAAUAGCAGUACAAUUUGGAUCCAGUUUUUCUUGGAGUGUGAAUUUUACGAAGGAGAUGACUACUUAUUCAAUUGAUAGCAUCUUGUUUUCCUACAACACUAAUGACAGCACAACAUUUCCUGAAGCUAAAGAUAAAGGAAUUGUUACUGUUUAUGAACCUGUGGCAAUUAAAAUUCCAUUGAAUAACGCCUUUAGAUGCAAGAGUUUAUCAGCUUUAAAAAAGAAUGAUGUUGUUCAGCAGUACUGGGAUAUUCUUGUACAAGCUUUUGUCCAAAAUGGCACAGUAAGCACAAAAGAGUUUCUGUGUGAUAAAGAUAAAACGUCAACAACAGUGGCACCCGUCAUUCACACCACUGUGCCAUCUCCUACUGUAACACCCACUCCAAAGGGAAAACCAGAGGUUGGAACCUAUUCGGUUAAUAACGGCAAUGGCACUUGUCUUCUGGCUACCAUGGGGCUGCAGCUGAACAUCACUCAGGAUAAGGCUGUUUCAGUUAUUAACAUCAACCCUAAUACAACUGACUUCACUGGCAGCUGCCAUCCUCAAACUGCUCUACUGAAGCUGAAUAGCAGCAACAUCAACUAUCUUGACUUUGGCUUUGCUGUGAAAAAUGAAAACCGGUUCUAUCUGAAGGAAGUGAAUGUCAGCGUGAACUUGGGAAAUGGCUCUGUUUUCAGUUUUGUAAACAGUAAUCUUAGCUACUGGGACGCUCCGCUGGGAAGUUCUUAUAUGUGCAACAAAGAGCAGACUGUUUCAGUGUCUGGAACAUUUCAGAUAAAUACCUUUAAUCUAAGGGUUCAGCCUUUCAAUGUGAUGGAAGGAAAGUAUUCCACAGCCCAGGAAUGUUCGCUGGAUGAUGACACCAUUCUAAUACCAAUUAUAGUUGGUGCUGGUCUUUCAGGCUUGAUUAUCGUUAUAGUGAUUGCUUACCUAAUUGGCAGAAGAAAAAGUUAUGCUGGAUAUCAGACUCUGUAACACUAAUACGUGUUACUGCUGUUACCAAAUAAUAAAGCAAGUACAAGUUCCAACAUGAAAUAAUAUUCAAUUUAAGGUAUAUUUAGUUGUAGUCCUCAUCCUGGAAUGGGUGGUAUGGGGGAUUUCAAAUUUAAACAAACAAAAAUCCCGAAAAACUAUAAACUACAACUUAGUCACGUGAUUUUGGUUUUCCCAACCAAGAAAUUUAAGCCCUGGUGGCACAAUCGUUAAGCACUUGGCUGCUAACUGGAAGGUUGGCGGUUUGAACCUACCAGCCACUCCGCGGGAGAAAAGACCUGGCGAUCUGCUCCCUUAAAGCUUAAUAGCCUAGGAAGCCCUUUAGGGCAGUUCUACUCUGUCACAUUGGGUCGCUGUGAGUCAACUCCAUGGCACACAACAACAUUUAUACAGCAAAAGGCAUGUGCAAAAUCACCUGGACUAUAGGUUUUAUUUUAUUGUCUUGAAUUAGUAUUUCAGUGUUUUCAGUUUAGAUAUUCUGUCUUUAAAUACACAAUUUAGGAAAAAAGAUUAUUAAAAGUUUUUUUUUUCCCCUGCAUGUAGUUUAGUUGGGACAACAUGUUCUGCGUUGAAUUUGUACUUGCUCUUUUUGCACUUCUUUGUAAUUUUGUUUGCAGGUUAACUUAGCUACUCUGGCAUUGCUGCAUAUUUGACCUAUGAGAGAUAUGCCAGUAGAUCUGAACAGGGCCUAGUAUUAUGUUUUUAGUAAUAAAUGCUUUUCUAAUGCUUUUUGAAUACAUUUGUAUUUAAUAUGGCUGCAAUGGCAAAAGCUACAGAAACCUUUUAAACUUUAGGUGUUAAAUCUUAUUUAAUCCUUUUAAAAAAACUAAAUAUUUCAACCUUUUGAAGUACAAGACACAGAACUAUUCCAACUAGGCAUUUCAAUCCAGUUUCUAGGUACUUUAGAGAUAAUUGCUAGGCAGUGCCAACUUAGAGCAUUAGUCCUUUGUACCGUAAAUUGGCCUCUACAUACCAAAAUGGUUUGCUUUCUCAUAUAAACAUUAGGUGGUGCCUGGUAAAUGAACAAUUGGUACAUCGGAAAUUAAUGCAGAUUUCUCUUUAGCCUUUCAGUAUUUUUGUUAGUGGUGGUGUUUUUUUUUUCUUUCCUUUUUUUCUUAAUAAAGAAAUGCCAAUAUAUGUUAGAGUCUAGAUAAAGUAGUACACUUACGCUUAUAAAGUAACUUGCACCUAACCCAAAAGUCUUGGUCUUCUCUUAGUGGUGUCCAUUAAAAAGUCAUUCUUUGUUUCCAGCUGGCAUUGAUUGCUAUACCAUUUACUAAUUUGGCUUUCACAUUUAAAUGGUUUUGUGCUAAUCAAAACUUACAUUGUUAUUGUUCAUUACGGUAGAAUCAUUAUUGAUUCAUGUAUUCUGUGUGCUCUGGAGAGAUGUACCAAUUGUCCAUUUACCAUGCACCACCUAAUGUUUAUAUGACAAAGCAAACCAUUUCAGCCUGAUAGUUGACACAUCUAGUAUUUCUUGCUGCUUCUAGGAGACUUUUUUUAUAUUGGAAUGGCUGAGCAAAUAUUUGAAAAACUAUUAAUAUGCAGCCAUGUAUGGAAGAUUCUUUUUUUGGGGGGAGGGGUUACCUGCCUUCACAUUGACUAGAAAAUGAGAUAUCUGGGUUCCAAGAUACUAUUGAUGUUGAAUAAAUUUGAUAGUAAAGCUAUAUAUGUAUAUAUAUAUAUAUAUAGGCAAUUACAUGUUAGUAUAUGUAUGUCUGUAACUGUCUUUUAAAUUAUAUUGGAGUGAUAAAUAUAUUCUCUCACUCAGAGUUAAUCUCUGUUUAAAGUAGCUGGCAAACCUUACUAAUGCAGAAUCAGAUUCCCAACUAGCCUCCCUUUUAGAGCUACAUUGAGCUGUAUUGCCAGGUUAAAAUACUUCUUAAGCACUAAAUAAAAGUCUGAUUUUCAAAAGUUAUUUUUUAAUUUAAAUAGUGUUGUAGUGUGUAAUUGUUAACCCUUAUAAGAAUGGAUAAUGCUUAUAAGAAUGUGGGCCUUAGAUGUUUCUCAUAAGUUGAAACAAAGCAGCUCUGCAGCUUUUUUUUGUUUUUGUUUUUUAAUAAAAACUGGAAGCAUAAAUGGGAGGCACUGGCUUAGUGUUGUUGAUGUUUCUAAAACUUUUUACAUUUAGAUUAUAUACCUGAUUCAUAUUAAAAUACCUCUAAUAACCACUGUUUUAUAGAAAAUCUGACUUCACUGAGUAUUUUUGUAUUUUACAUGGGCCAGUUUAUAUAUUGCUAUUUACGUUAUUAUUUCGUACAGCCACAUGUUCUAUUGUCGUUUUAUUUGUUCUACUGGGUUUACACCUUGAUGGUAACACUCUAUUUGGUUUUGGGUGUCUUUCAUGUGUUAGCAUUUGUAUAAAGAAACUGGUUCAUGUAAAUACUUCCCAUGUUUUUUUU